AUCCGACUCUCCCCUAGAUGCACUGACUCAUCGUAUCGCAUUGACGCAUCUAUGGGUGCGAAGAGAUGAGUCGAGUCUGAUGAUGAUUCACCUCUCCGUCGUCUUUUUUGCCCUCUGCUCGUCGCUGGUGGCGUCCUCGCCCCUGCAGCGGAUCCUCCAGGCCGCCAAUGAGACGGAUCCAUCCCCUGAUGUCCCUCCAGGCUGGCGUGACCCAAAAAGGCUGAGGCUCCUCCAGCUCUCUCUCGUCUUCCGCCCGGCAGAUGUGGUGACCGAUGCAGUGGAGCGAGGCGACAACAUCCUCCCCUACACCGAGAUGGAAGAGCUCGUGAGCUGCGAUUCGUGCCAAGAGGACGCGGCCGCAUUGUUUGAGUGGACUCACGACGCCGAGUUGGCGCCCAAUGAGACAAGAUCCAUCUUUGAGGACAACCUGUGUGUUGUCCCCUUCAUCACGUGCGUGCGGCUGAGCGAGGCGCUGGCGGACGGCGGUCCGCGGAAGGGCUACCUUAUCGUUCUGACGGGGUUUCCCGGCGACCGAGAGAUAUCGGUUGUGCCGUGGAUCUUGCAGCAGCGAGUGGGGAGGCCUAUCGUCUUUUCGGAUGCUUUCUAUCGGCUGCGGCACGUGAUGUGCCUCUGGUCCUACCAGGCGCCCAUGCAAGCGACGCUGUCCGAUGAGCUUUCCAAAGUGACCUUUUUACGCGCCCUGUUCCUGUUGGGAGCGGUGAGCUGCAUCCCGUACGCACAUCCGCAGACUCACUCACCCACAUGUUUGUGUGUGUGCGGUUUGUCAUACCAGGGCCCCUUGGCAGGGCCGCUUCCCAGCACCAUCGGAGAGCUGCCUUACCUCAAGGGCCUUUACAUUCAGCAGCAGAUGUAUGCCAUCAACGGUCCCAUCCCACCCUCCAUCACCAGUCUACCGCAUCUCGAGGCCCUCACACUAACAUCUACGAGCUUCUCAGGGCCCAUCCCUGAAGACAUCGGCAAUCUCAGACGGCUGCGCGUCCUCGAGAUAUGGGACAACAAGAAGAUGAACGGAACCUUCCCCGCCAGUGUGACGUCUUGCCGCAACCUCACCCGACUGAAGCUCGAUGGCACCGGCCUCUCGGGCCUUCUGCCCGACGACCUGGGCGCCCUUUCCCGCUUGGACGAGCUGACGCUGGCGAAUAACGAGCUGAGUGGUGAGCUGCCCCGGUCGCUGGUGCAGCUGAGGCGGCUGCAGGUGCUGCUUCUGACCAACAAUCGGUUCAGUGGGCCGCUGCCGGACGGGCUGGGGACCAAAAUGGGCAACUUGCGACAGCUGGAUGUGUCGUUCAACAGGGUAGGCAGAGCACAACCAGCUUGAGCGCAGAUGCGUAUUUGAGAAUGCCUGUGUAUGUCAAUAACUGCCUGUUUCUCUCUCUGUCAUCAGUUUUCCGGUCCAGUGCCGGCUUCCCUGGGCAAUGCGGCCAACCUGACGUUUCUGAGUCUGGAGAGGCAGUGGCCGGGCUUCAGCGGCCCGAUGCCACCGGAGCUGGGGCAGCUCAGCAAGCUGCAACAACUCACGCUCGCAUACAAUCAGGUACACACACACGCACACAGACACACACACACACACGCACACACACGCACAUGAACAUAAUGACGCACUCUCGCUGUCCACAAUUGUUGUUUGUGUGUGCAGCUUUCCGGUAUGCUGCCGGACACGUUGAGUGGCUGGAGGUCGGUCAAGUAUCUCGACUUGCGCAACAACAACUUUGACAAACACCUGCCGCUUCUCCUCUUGCACCAGGCCCCACUCACCAAAGCUCUCGCCCUCCUCAUACUCACCGACUUGGAGACCAACCUGAAU